GAAGGUCUUUUGUUGCCUCAUCAUCGCUUCUUUGACGCACGGAAACCAGGAAUCCUACCAGGCCUUGCUGCAGAUGAAGCAGUCCAACUGGCUCAAGGCCGUGGGCGUCAGCAACUUCGCCGAGCGGCACCUGAUCGACCUCCAGCAGGAAGGUCUUCCGGCACCUGCGGUGCAUCAGUUGGAGUUCCAUCCCGCCUGGCCCCGCGUCCCGUUGGAGACGGCAGCUCCGGCACGAGCUGUGGGCACGAUAAUGCAAGCCUAUGGCUGCCUGGGAGGUGCCCACACCGGUGCGAUGCUCCUGCAGCUGGAGCUGGUGCAGCAGAUCGCCCAGCACCACGAACACCUCAAAGAGCUCAUCCGUCAGCGCGUGAAAUGGGAGGGCCGCCUAAUGGUGGUGCUUCCCGUGGUGCCUUUGCUCUCAUCUCCAUGGACGACAUGCACAGGUGGUAUGCCCACCUGGGCAUACAUUAUAUAUCUGCCUUUCCUCUUGAAAGCGAAAGUGACCGAAGCUGUGAUGCUUCAGAAAUUGCAAUCUCCAGAGUACAUUUGGUCUUUGGAGCAUAUUUUGGGCUUCUGGCUUUGGGGCCCUUUGGAGCACCUCGACCCUUGGCCAACCAGAGCCGGCCCUGCAGCUUUUUUGCAUUCUUUUGCUAGUUUGUUUGCACGGUGCUCAUGA